GUAAUCUUUCAUCCUCCCAAAUGACCACUUUGAACUCCAAAUUCCCGAGAAACAACUUCAACUUCAACUGAAACAAACACCCAUGGCAACUGCUCCAAACACCUACCCAUCUCUCUGUUCUUCACCCCCAUUACCCAGAACCCUAAACAGCCCACAAACAAAACAAUCAUUCUCUUUAACCACCCCUCACUUCAAGAACCACCCCCAAACUCUAAGAACUUCAAUCCGGUUGGGCAAUUCGAGUUCCGGGAAACAGUCGGUUUGGAUCGUUAAGGCGUCGGCUGAAAAGGGUGCAGAAGAAUCACCACCAGAAGAAGAGAAGUAUGAGGAAUAUGAAGUGGAGAUUGAGCAGCCUUUUGGUUUGAAGUUUGCUAAGGGUAGAGAUGGUGGGACCUACAUUGAUGCUAUUGCACCUGGAGGGUCUGCUGAUAAGACUAAUAUGUUUACUGUUGGGGAUAGAGUUUUGGCCACCAGUGCGAUGUUUGGAACAGAGAUAUGGCCUGCAGCUGAAUAUGGAAGAACAAUGUACACCAUUCGCCAAAGAAUCGGGCCUUUGUACAUGAGAAUGCAAAAAAGAUAUGGGAAGAGGGAGGAUAUGGGCGAGCUGACUGAAAAGGAGAUCAUUAGGGCCGAGAGAAAUUCAGGAGUAGUUAGCAGUAAAGUUAGAGAAAUCCAAAUGCAAAAUUACAUGAGGAAGAAGGAACAAAAGGAAACUCGAGCUAGGGAACUUCGUGAAGGCUUGCAACUUUACAAGAGUGGAAAGUAUGAUGAUGCAUUGGAAAAAUUCGAGUCGGUUUUGGGGUCAAAACCAGAGCUUGAUGAAGCUUCGGUAGCAAGUUACAAUGUUGCAUGCUGCUAUUCUAAGCUUGAUCAGAUACAAGCUGGACUUUCGGCUCUAAAAGACGCUUUGCAAGCAGGAUUUGAAGAUUUUAAGCGGAUCCGUACUGACCCUGAUCUAGAGAAUUUAAGGAAAUCUGAGGAGUUUGAUCCCCUGAUUAAACAAUAUGACGAGUCAUUUAUCAACGAGAACGCUUUAAAUGCCAUUAAAUCAUUGUUUGGAUUCAACAAGAAAUAAAAUCAACCUGUGUAACUGUGGACUCACCCGAAUCAAACGCCCACAGGUUUUUUGUUUAUAGAAUACAUUGUUUUUUGUUUUUUGCUCAACUAUGCAGAAGUUAAACAAGUAUAAAUAAUAGUUAAUUAUUGUUUAGCAUUGAUACAUAA